CAAUCAGCAUCGACCGUGUUGUUGUUACUUCCCUUGUCAACUAAAUAUUUUACAUGUUACUUAUCCUCACAGUUUUUUAUUUAUUUACUCGUGACCAUGGGAAAAAAAUAUCCCAUUUUGAAAUUUACAUUUAUGUAAAUAAAGGCUUUGUUAACAAAAAAAAAAAAAAAAAAAAAUACAGGGACAAGAAGUAACUGGAAAAAAAAAGUUAUUCUUUCAAGUAACAUUGUAAAAAAAGAUUACUUAACCGCAGACCGGAUCGGUAGGUCAAACAAGAACUUUACAUAUAAUCAGGCGGCAGCCUCUCUCUUCGCUCUUUCUAUCUAUCUCUCUCUCUCUCUGGUAGUUGUCGGAAUCCUAAUAGCUUCGGCCGUGGUGAUUGUCGGAAUCCUAAUAUGCCAAGGAAUAGAUUGAGGUUACCCUGCCUGAGACUCGACGAGUGGGCUGCCUUUACGUUGGAGAAGCUCAAUCGUUCAAAGGGAUCCAAUUUUCUCGCGGAUUGCCUCGUAGAAUUGAGGGAUCAGAACGCAUCAAAAGAUUUUAUUUUGCUUCUUGAAGAGUUGUUGCCGUAUGCACAAUCUGUGGAGUCAUAUAAGCGGUCUUCAGAAUUCAUCUUCUUAAAACUUGUCUCUGAAUUACAAAUGGAAGCAAGAUUCUCUCUUGAUUCCAUCCUCAGUUUGAUUGCUGCUUUAUCAGGAGAUCUCAAGUACGAUUUUGCUCCCUUCCUUCCACGGCUUGUCAAGUCGUUAUUAAUUCUCCUGAAUAAUGGUGGUCUGAAAAAUGCAGAGACUAUUGAGCAGGUUUUUGCUCUUAUAUUCACAUCCUGGUCUAAAAUAAUAGAAAACCUAAGGUUUUGUUUCGCACGCGACGUCCGAGGUGCUCUCAGGAGUACAUUGGAGCUGAGGUACUACCCCAGUGACAUUAUCAAUGAAAAAAUGUCAAAAUCGAUGUCAUGUGUGUUGGAUCUAGCUCGGCCCAGUCAGCUUCAAAAAGGGAUCAAGAUGAUCCUUUCUGAAGUAGCAGAGCAACCGGAAAGAGCUGCUAGAGCUGGUUUCCUCCAUUAUGAUAUGAUUGUGAGGCUGCAGAAAUCUUAAAACAAAGACCUGGUCUUUGGUUUUUAUGUGGGGUGUUAUUUAAUGUCAGGUCUAUAAAGUUCUUUUAUUAUCUUCAAGAUUUGAAAUCUUCAUAUUAUUUAUAAGAACUUACUAGUGUGGAUUCUUAUUCUGAAUUUUGUUUUUAAUAA